AUGAAGCAAAUGAAAAUACUCAUCAGCGGUGCAGGAAUCACCGGCAAUACCCUCGCCUUUUGGCUUACAAAACUAGGCCACAAAGUCACCGUUGUCGAAGUCUUUCCCGAUAUACGAGCCUCCGGCCUCCAGAUUGAUCUCCGCGGUCAUGGUGUGGAAGUCAUGAAGCGGAUGGGUCUUGAGCAGGCAUUUCGCUCCAAGUCGAUCCCGGAACAAGGCAUGCAGAUGGUGGACAGUUCGGGCCAGAGAAGAGCCUACUUCCCGGCAAACGACUCCUCCAACGUUACUCUGGGCUUCAGCUCUGAUUGGGAAAUUAUGAGAGGAGAUCUCUGUCACAUCAUAUACGAUCUUACCAAGACUCGAGCGAAGUAUCUAUUCGCGACAUCGAUCGACAACAUCGAAGAAGAAGACGGACUCGUGAAUGUGCGUCUUUCGGGUGGCGUUACAGAUCACUUCGAUCUUGUGAUUGGCGCUGAUGGCCAGAACUCACGAACUCGCAAGAUGAUGCUUGGGCCCGAUGGGCCCGAUGCUUUUCAUUCCAUGAAGGGCAUGUAUGUGGGAUACUUCACCAUCUCUCAGCCUAUCCAGCCAGGCGAAGAUUAUAUGGCAACAUCUUAUACGGCAAGUGGUUCCAGAGGCAUCAUGACUCGCCGACACAACAACCACGAGAUCCAAGUCUACAUCGGUGGCCGGACAGACUCCGAUGAACUGAAAGCUCGUUUGAGGGGCCAUACCGACGAGCGAAAGGAAGCUUUGAGCGAAAUGCUUCGGGGAGCAGGGUGGCGGACCGAUGAGAUGUUGGAAUCUCUCAAGCAUGCCGACAACUUCUACUGUGAUCGCUUGGGUCAGGUCAAGCUAGAUAGCUGGUCUCGCGGGCGUGUUGUUCUCGUCGGGGAUGCGGCCUACUGUCCAUCUCCGGCGACGGGAAUGGGCACAACCUCUGGCCUUGUUGGUGCUUAUGUCCUGGCUGGUGAGAUUGGCCGUCACUGUGGACCUGGAACGACAGAUCGCCCAGGUGCCCUCUUGACUGCUUUGCGAGCCUACGAUGAUAGGUUCCGUCCUUUCAUGGCUCAAGUUCAAAAGGUUGUGUCUCUUGAAGAGGGUCGCUGGGAUAGAGUAUCAACAUCGGCUUUCGGGGUUGCUGUCAUGAACUAUUUUAUGGGAAUUGCGUCUUUUUUGAGAUUGGAUGUUCUAAGCAGGUUUACUUCGGACACCGUCAAGGACUGGGACCUUCCGGAGUAUGAAGAACUGUAUCAUGGUUGA